AAUGGCGCGAACAAAGCAAAAUGCUACUAAAAAGAUUAUCGGUGGAAAAGCUCCUCGGAAAGAAUUAAAUAUGAGAGCAGUGCGUAAGGUUGCUACUACUAGAGUUGUUUCUGACGUGAAGAAACCUCAUCGUUACAGACCUGGUACAGUUGCACUUCGAGAAAUUCGUCGUUAUCAGAAAACAACUGAAUUGCUUAUUCGAAAAUUACCUUUCCAACGACUGGUACGUGAAAUCGCACAAGACUGCCAUGCAGAUGUUCGUUUUCAAAAAAGCGCUCUUUUCGCUAUUCAAGAAUCUUGCGAAGCUUUUCUUGUUAGAUUGUUCGAAGAUGCCAAUCUUUGUGCUAUUCACGCUAAACGUGUAACCAUCAUGCCUAAGGAUAUGCAAUUAUCUCUACGUAUCCGUGGACUCAACAAUUAAAAUCAUUUAAUUUUUGAAUUUCUUAUAUUUUUUAUAUCUUUGACGGCCCUUUUCAGGGCUACUAAUCUUUUCUAUACUACGGGAUCAUUUCUCGUCGAAU